AUGUUCCCGGCAUUCCGUCGACACCUCUGGUUCUCAAUUACACAACCAGCAACCUUCUUAACAUCCCGACCCAGCCUACUCGUCUGGUCCCUCUACACAGCAACCUUCGCAACAGCCAAUGCCACCGAAACCAUCCUGGGCAAAUGGUACCCGGAGAUCGACCACGCCAUUGCAGGCAUGACCACCUUCGCCACCACCUUCCUCGUCAACUCCUCAGUCGGCAUCUGGAAAGACGUCAAAUUCGCCCAACUCUUCGGCCAACCCAAAACCACCCCACCACCAACCCCUACACCAACCCCCUCAGCAUCAGCAUCAACAUCAGCAUCAGCAUCAGCAUCCACCUCCACCUCCCUCAAAACCGCCCGCUCCAUCGGCCGCACCCGCAUCCCACUAGCAACCUACUCCGCCUUCCUCCUCCGCGACGGCCUCACCAUCUUCGGCUCCUUCAGCCUCCCCGCCAUGGUCUCCGCCUCCAUCCCAGACUCCAUCGCCUCCCAAGAAUACCUCAAAAUCCUUAUCGCCCAGCUGGCCAUCCCCGCCUCCAUCCAACUCAUCAGUACCCCCAUCCACCUCCUCGGUCUGGACCUCUACAACAGACCGCAGGUGAUGCCCAGCAAAGAGCGCAUCAGCCGCGUCAGCCGCGACUGGAUCGGUGCCUCGCUCCUGCGCAUGUGUCGCAUUAUCCCCGCAUUUGGCAUUGGCGGGUUCGUCAAUACUGAAGGUCGACUUUCCUUGCAUGACCAGCUUGAUGGUCGGAGGAAGGGAUCUUGA